ACUUUCAUGCAACAAGAUUGAAACUAGCAAGACCAUUCUAAAUACAGAGUCUACAAAUAAAUUUUUGGUUUCAGUCCCCAAAAGGAAGAAUCAAUUAACAUGGGUGCCAACUUAUCCAACAUGGAGUCUGCUCAUGCAUCAACAAAUUCACCUCACAUUCUCACCUUCCAUUUCACUGCUAAAUGGAAGGCUCACCUUGAUGCAUCUAAAGAAACUAACAAACUGAUGGUGAUCGAUUUUACGGCUAAAUGGUGCGGACCUUGCAAAUCCAUGGAGCCAAUUAUCCAAGAGUUUGUUGCAAAAUAUACAAAAGUUGAAUUCAUCAAGAUUGAUGUGGAUGAAUUAAUGGAGGUUACUCAAGAAUUCCAGGUGCAGGCAAUGCCAACAUUCAUAUUGAUGAAGAAAGACAAAGUUGUUGGCAAGGUGGUGGGAGCAAAAAAAGAAGAACUGCAAAAGCUGAUUGAGAAGCAUCAAAGCUAAUUAAGAGUAUGAUCUUGCACAUGGCCAAAGCUAUAUAGACCAUUAGAAAGGAACGGGAAUAAUUCAGGGGAGAUUAUAUAUUCUAUAUCUCCUGUGAUACCACAUUUUCAUGUUGGGGUGUGGUAUCUGAUGAUAUGUGUAGCUAAUUUAUGUUGAAAUUAUUUUACUAGGUUUUUAUGUGUGCCAAGCAUUUCUUGUGAGUGAAAGAAAAAAAUGUCAUCUACUUAGGAGGCCUUAAUGCAAGAGAUACUCUGUUGUUGAUUUCAAAAUCAUCAUACGCUGCCACUUGAAUGGUCGGAGUGAUAAUUUACUUUUUUGUUACCUAUCUCAAAUCAUUUGCAAUGUCACUU